AUGGACGGCUACGAUCCUCUCGCGAUGCCUUACCUGCAUAGUCCCAUGCCCUUUACGGGCGGAAGCAUACAGAACUUGGACUACAUGAGUGUGCCCUCGGUGAUGGACCUGCAAGAUCAGUAUUCCAACUUCGACUCGGAACCAUAUAUGAGUGGUGAUGAGCUGGGGUUUGCGCCGUCCUCGAGCUUGCAACAUCCUGCUAUGCUGAAGCGCUACUCUUCAGGGUUCGAAGACCCAUUCGCCGAAAGUACUAUGGCACAGUUUGAUCAAGUGCCCGCUGAAGGCGUGCCCGAAAGCCCGUCGAUCGAUCGCGACAGCAAAUAUCUCAGUUUUUCAAUGCCCCAGUACAACUUUACGCUACUUGACGACUCUUUCCGUCGGUCCUCGGUCAACAUCAAUGCUCAACUGCAUGGGAUGUUCUUUCUAGCCGAGUCGCAAUGGCCCGCGACAGCCGAUACUCCACCGCCUCCUCCUGAAUUGACUUGCUACAGACGCAACCUUUUCCAGAUCACUGGAUCAGUUACAUUACCCCGCAAUCUCAGAUACGUUUUCACGGAUGACGGCUCGCGGAUCCCGAUUUAUGAACUCGAACUGGCAGUGUCCGCGACCGAGUCGGUGGAAGGCAACCCGGUAAAGAUCAUCUCUGUACCGUGGAAAACACCGGCCAGUGGAGAGACGGCGAAACCAGAAGACAAAGCGGAAAAGGAGCCUCCUACGAUAGCUUUGGACAAGAUGUCUGGGCAGGAUCUGGACACCGACUACACGACAUUUCCCAUCCAAUGGAAGCGACUACAGUUCCGGAUAGCCACCGCCAACAACGGCCGAAGAAAAGAGCUCCAACAACAUUUCACCCUCCACUUGAAGAUCAUGGCGUCGUUGUCCACCGGCGGAAAGAUUUCGAUCGCCGAGGCCCAUUCGGGAGCCGUCAUUGUUCGAGGAAGAAGUCCUCGGAACUUUGCCGCGCGGAAAGACAUGCCACUGAGCAGCAGCUCGACGGCUCGCAAACAUCUGCCUUCUACUUCACGGGCCGCUGCCAGUCAGACAUCGGCACCUCAAGUCACCUCAGCUCCCAAGGUCAAGACUCCGCCUGAGGAGCCUGCGCAAGUGAUGAUGCCAUAUGACAAUAACAAUGGUGAAUUCAAGUCAGCAGAGCCAGACACCAACAACUGGAUAUCGCAAGUGGUGCCUGAUCCUCUCCCUACGCCGUCAUACUCGGCCUCAAUGAACCCACCUCCGAUGCCUACGUAUUCUCAUGAUGCCACCCCCGAGCUUGGUACACCGGGAACUUUCCCAUUUACGUUUCCACAAGAAAUGGUGCCGACGGUCAACCGUCCGUUGAGCUUACAUUUUGGAAGUGAUGAUGAAGGUAGUCCGUACCCUCAGCAACAAGGAUCAAGACAUUCAUCCCGACCUCCCACGUCGAAUCCGUCCCCAUCUCUACUCAACAAAGGUCCCGGUCCGCCUGGGGCAUAUACGAACCACACCUCCCCUGGACAAUUGGCCAAUACCAACCAGGGGAAAAGUGGUGGUGGAAGCCGGCCUCGACUACAAUCUCACGGAGUGUCAGUGACGAGUGUGCCCAUGAGCCACCACUCACAGACCCCGAUCCCCGCCAUCUCGUCGCAACGGCCAGACCUACUCCCCAUGAAAUCCAGCCAUUCGUACCCCACCGAGGGCGAGAGUGCCGAUGAACUGUACGAGUAUUUCCCUCUGGGGCUAGACGAUUGGAUGCCACCGGUGGACGCGGUGUUCCGGCCACACGUCGUCCACCAUAGCGGACCAUUACCUCCUGAUCCACGAUCGCCAGGGAGGCAUACCAGCAAGCGAUAUUUCAGCGAGGUGGUAUAG